AUGGUCGUCUCCGCCCUCGCCCGCCCAAUGCUCCGCUCGCCCGUCCUGCGCAUGGCCGCGGCCCGCCGCCUCGAGAGCACCGCCGCCAGCAGGGCCCAGGAGGGCCUGUCCCGCGUGACGAGUGCCGCCGGGCCUGCCAUCGCCGGCGCCGCCAAGGGUGUCGCCAACGCUCUGGGCAAGGUUGGCGGCCGGACCGGCAGGGUCAUCGCCUUUGUCGAGCGACAAACCCCCCUCGUCCUCUACUACUCCAAGGUCGGCUUGGAGCUCACAAAGCUCGUCUUCCAGAGCCAGAAGAUGAGCCCUCCGUCCAUGGCCACCUUCCAGACGUACUACCAGAACCUGUGGCGCUCCCUCCAAACGGGCACCAUCUUCCGCGCGCCCGCCAACCUGGUUCAGCAGAUCCGCAACGUCAGCAACGUCCAGCUCGCCGCCGGUGCCGUCGUCUUUGCCGAGUGCCUGGGAUUCUUCACCGCCGGCGAGAUGCUUGGCCGCUUCAAGCUCGUCGGAUACCAUGGCGAGCCUGGCAGCCACCACUAA